AUGUCGCCGCCGCCGCCGAUCGACCCUAACAUACUGCAGUUCGACAUCUGGGAGACCCUGGACGAAGUCACAAUGGAGAUGACGCAGACCUCCGAGUUCUGGACCCAGGUCGAGUGCGAGGUGGACCGGCUGGACCUGGUGCCGCCGGCGGGGCUCCAGAGCUUGCAGGACAGCGACUCCGACUGGCGAAUAGCGGACAGCCCCGACGAGCACAAGGACAACAUAGUGCACCACGACUGCAUGUGGGCGGGCUCGUGCGCCGACUCCGUUCACCCGUCGAACACCUUCGUGCCGUCCGAGCUGAUCAGCGCGCACCCUGGUCAGAGCCUGCUGAGGCGGGACGUGUCUCCCCCCCGGCCGGAGACGCCGCCCUCGCUGGACGGCGACGAGCACCCUUGCCCCUUCGAGCACGUGGUGGACGUGGCGGGAGCGGCGCGCCGCCUCCUGAGGGACUCCGCAGCGGUCGCCGCUGACCACUCGUACACCCUCGCCCGCCAGCGCAUCGACUACCUCGGCGUCCAGACACCGUCGGACUCGUGCGAAUCAGAGGAGGAGAUAGACGUGGUGUCCGUGGGCACGACCCACCAGCCCCUGGCGGGCGUGACGCAAGUGCGCGUCGAGCCGCCGCCCCGUUCGCCGUGCAAAGGGCACUACGCGGAACCGAUGCCGCGGCCGGUGGCGCGGAAGCGUCUGGUGCCGCCAACGGGUGCCCCCACGCCGCGCCGCCGAGCCAGAGGCCCCGGCCGCCGUGGACGCCGCUCCAACACCGACACCGAUUCCGAAGCGGAGUCGCCAGAGAUCGAGCGGCGCUCCAUCCACAACGACAUGGAGCGGCAACGCCGCAUCGGACUGAAGAACCUCUUCGACGAGCUGAAGAAACAGAUCCCCGCCACCAGGGACAAGGAGCGCGCGCCCAAAGUGGUGAUUCUCCGCGAGGCGGCCGCCCUCUGUCGCAAGCUUCGCGAGGAGGACCACGAGCGCGAGCUCUUGAGGAAGCAGCAGAACAAGCUGGUCACCAAGCUGCGGAAGCUGAGGAUGCUAGUGUCCCGCUACCGCGCGUAU